AUGGGAAAGAAGAGAGUUCUCGUUAGCUACGGCGUCGACAUCGAUGCCGUCGCGGGUUGGCUAGGCUCGUAUGGUGGCGAGGACAGUACUUCAGAUAUCUCAAGAGGAAUUUGGGCUGGCACGAGAGGAACUCAAAGAUUACUGAAACUCUUCGACAAGAACAACAUCAAAGCGACAUGGUUCAUCCCCGGGCAUAGUCUCGAAACCUUCCCAGAAGAUUGUGCAGCGGUGCGAGAUGCCGGGCACGAGAUCGGUCUGCAUGGCUACUCUCACGAGAACCCGGUGGACAUGACGAUUGAGCAGCAACGAGAUGUCCUCGAUAAGACUUACAGACUCCUCACGGACUUUUGCGGAAAACCUCCUCGGGGAUCCGUUGCGCCGUGGUGGGAGACGAGCAAAGAAGGAACGGAGUUGAUGCUUGCGUAUGGGAUCGAAUAUGAUCACUCCAUGUCACAUGAGGACCACUGCAUGUAUUGGCUACGCACGGGAGACACUUGGACAAAGAUCGAUUACUCGAAAAAGGCCGAGGAAUGGAUGAAGCCAUUGGUGAAGGGCCAGGAGACAGGUUUAGUGGAGAUUCCUGGCUCGUGGUACAUUGACGAUCUGCCUCCGAUGAUGUUCAUCAAGAGCAGUCCCAAUAGCCAUGGAUGGGUCAAUCCUCGGGAUGUCGAAGCGAUCUGGAUGGAUCAUUUCGAUUACUUUUAUGAGAACUAUGACGAGUUCGUCUUUCCUAUGACGAUUCAUCCGGAUGUUAGUGGGAGACCUCAUGUUCUUUUGAUGCAUCAGAGGAUCAUCGAUCAUAUCAACAAGCACGAGGGUGUGGAGUGGGUCACGAUGGAGCAGAUGUGUGACGAUUUCAAGAGCAGGAAUCAGCCGCCGCCCGGAGCUUUGAUGCCGGCGUCGAGGGAGGAGGUUGAAAAGAUGCUCGCGACGGGCAAGAAGUGA